AGGUGUCAGGUCACCUGGGAAGAGUCUGCAGGGCCUUUCCCCGCCAGCGCCUUUGCUCUUUGGCUCCCUGAGUUAGUUCGGUUGUUUGCGAUCGCCGCGGCCGGGGCUGCGAACCGAAGGGCUCGCUCCGCGCCGCCUGGGUCUCUACCUCAUCCGUAGGUGUGGCCCUGAUGGUGCGGCAGGCUCUGGACUCCUAAAGCUCGGGAGCGGUAUGUGGGGUCCACGGGCGGCAGACAAAGCAGUGGAGCCGGGAAGGCCGCGGGAAGCGGCCCCUGCGCCGAGGCAGCGAAUCUGCCUGGGAGGGGCGCCCCGCCUGCUUCUUGUCAGAUCCAGUAGUGCGUCCCAGUGAGGCGCUUUAGCACGCUCUACCCCCACGUGUCCCGUGAAUCUGUUAGGAACCUUUAAGUGACCAGAGCGCUCAUUAAAGGAUGAGAAAUAUUCUUUGUCAUAGAAUGAUUUGUUUGUCCAAGUUGAACUAAACAAGAGAAAGUAAAGAAUUUAAGAUUUUAUUCAUGUGCCUGGCAUAGAAGAUGAAUUCUUCCACCUCCACCAUGAGUGAAGAGCCUGAUGCUCUAUCGGUAGUUAACCAGUUACGGGAUCUAGCAGCAGAUCCAUUAAACAGAAGAGCCAUUGUCCAGGAUCAGGGAUGUCUGCCUGGCCUUAUUUUAUUUAUGGACCACCCCAACCCUCCAGUCGUCCACUCCGCUUUGCUUGCUCUUCGAUACUUGGCAGAAUGCCGUGCAAACAGAGAAAAGAUGAAAGGAGAACUGGGUAUGAUGUUGAGCUUACAAAAUGUUAUACAGAAAACUACAACUCCAGGGGAAACAAAACUUCUGGCCUCUGAAAUCUAUGACAUUCUUCAGUCCUCCAAUAUGGCAGAUGGUGAUAGUUUUAAUGAGAUGAAUUCACGUCGAAGGAAAGCUCAGUUUUUUCUGGGAACUACAAACAAACGUGCCAAAACAGUGGUUUUGCAUAUAGAUGGCCUUGAUGAUACGUCUCGGAGAAAUCUAUGUGAAGAGGCUUUGUUAAAAAUUAAAGGUGUUAUUAGCUUUACUUUUCAAAUGGCUGUUCAAAGGUGUGUGGUGCGAAUCCGUUCAGAUUUGAAAGCUGAGGCUUUGGCAUCAGCAAUAGCGUCAACCAAGGUUAUGAAAGCUCAGCAAGUUGUGAAAAGUGAAAGUGGAGAAGAGAUGUUGGUCCCAUUCCAAGAUACUCCUGUGGAAGUAGAACAGAACACAGAACUACCUGACUACCUGCCUGAGGAUGAGAGUCCCACAAAGGAACAGGACAAAGCGGUGUCCCGGGUCGGCUCACACCCAGAAGGUGGAGCUAGCUGGCUUAGCACAGCUGCAAACUUUUUAUCCAGAUCAUUUUAUUGGUGACUUCACUUUUGGGCUCAAGGACUGUGUGAACCAACAAGGGGCCAGUUUUCCAUUGUUGUGGUGAACUGUCAAGUGCAAUUUGCAAUAAGUUAUCAUGAAAAGUUUUUAGAUUACAUGAUCGCAUAUGCUGCAUUUCACAUUUUAUUGGACAUUUUACCCCACUGAGUGGUAAAAAGGACAGAGGCUACAGAUGGAGUUGCUUUGUUUAUGAAAGUAUUUUGGUUUUGUUUUCUUUCAUUUAAUUGCCUCAUAUUUAAAAACCAUGGGUCCACUGUUAAAACCACAUGUGUAUGUGCAGCUUUACAUUUUAUUUUACAUGAAGCAUGUGAUUAGGAAAACUCACUUUCUUCUCAAGCCUCAGGACCUACCUGAAGAGAAGUUUUCUUGUAGCUCAAGUUGUGCAUGAAUUACUGAAUAUUUUACUGUGCUUUUCUUCAUGAAGGGUACAUGCUUUGUACUCUUCACUGAAAGCUGAAAACAUUUCUUGUUACCCUCUUUUGUGCCUUUUUAUUUUGCCAACCGUGUUUAUAGAAAGGACAUUAGUAAUGACAUUUUGCAAAUUAAAAACAUUCAUUUGAACAUAGUAGUCACCUAGAAAAACAACUCUACAAAAAUUUUGCAGCCUUAUUCAUUAUAAUUUUAAUAAAAUUAACACAAAAUCAGUCAAGAAGGAAACAUGUAUAUUAGUGAAGUGUUUUUGGAGACUAUUUGAAUGUGACCAAAUGUGGUUCUAGUUGACUUCUUUUCACUUUGGCUUAUAUCAGUUCUUGAGAGUUAAUGUGAUCAUGAUAUUGCAAACAACUGUAAAUGGUCUCUAGGCCUUACUUUGUGAUCAUACGUUAUCUCCCGCUAGAAAAAAAUAAUGGUAGUAAAGAACUGACACACUGAAAAUAAGAAAACAAAAAUCAAAUGCCUAUAAUACCAUAAUGCCACUUUGGUAUAGAGUCUAACUUUAAAACAUGAAUUGCUCGACAGAAUUCUAUUCAGUAGGUGUUUCUUUGUAUUGCCUUUUGUGAAUUUAUUAUGAAAAUGCUGCAGUUGUGUUAAAUGAAAAAGACCCAAAUUAUUGCUUAUGAAGAAAUAAAGCCAGCAUUGAUUACUUAAUCUUGUUUCUCAUGUCCAGCCAGAAAAAUAGAACUUCAGUGAAGGUAAGAUAAAUAAACACAUACACAUAUGUUUUUUUGGUAGAUAAGUGCUAAUUACAUAUAUGUAAUGCUUUAUUAAAUUUCUGAAAUAUUUGGUGACUAAAAUUUUCUUUUUGGAAAUUAAUAAGUCCAGAUACAUAUUAAUGUUGAUAUGACGAAAAACAAAUAGGAAGAAAUUGAAAUUUCUUUUCAUCAACAUGUAGAGCUGCUAUUUUACUAUUUGGGGAAUAUGAUGUAAAAAUUGGACCCCAAAGGGUUUCCUUGUGUUUUCAUUGUAAAAUACCAUCAUCAGUGAGAGUCUUGAGUUCACUAACAUUGUCACCUUCUGGAGAGAGUUAUUGGGGGCAUUGAGGAUGAUAUUUUUUUCAUGUGUUUGGUUUCUGAUUCAAGUGACACGCACAAACUGAAAACAACAACAACAACAACAACUUUCAGGGCACCCGUUGCUCUAAAUGCAUAAUAUAACUUGCUGCCAGAACCAGAUGUGUUGAAAAAAGAAAAUAAAACCACCCUCUUUCUAUAGCCAUUAAAGCAAAGUUUACUGUUCUAACAAAUUUGUAUUUUAUUUUGCAUUGCCACACAUCUGCGUAUUUAAAAACUACAUCCCUUUGGUAGUAAUGUUUCAGGACAAGUAGGUAUUACAGCUUGAUGUUUGUGUGUUCUAAUUCUAAGAGUUCUUUAUUCCAGAUCAUAUAGAGUAGUUAAGGCAACUGUAACAGCAUUUUUUGAAAUACAUUGUAAAAUAAAUAAAAGGUAACAUAAUUAAAAUUGAGUGGAUAUUAUA